GCCGGAGCUUAUCGUCUUAAACCAAUUCUUUUCUUUUUCCGUGGUCGUGAUUGUUCAGCCUCUCUGUUCCAGACUUCUCUUACGCUUUCCUUGCAAAUUCUGCCUCAAUUUUGGAUUGAAGGCAAGAGCUUGAGGGCUUUUCUCUAAUCUUAAUUGAGAAUUUGGGGGUUUUUUUUCAUACGGGGACUUUGCGAUUUAGGGUUUCAGAUUGGGGAUUUUGUUACAUCGAAAGGACUUUGGAGAUUGAAUAAUGGAGAAUUCAUAAACCGGCUCUGGAAAUUUUCUUUAGGAUAACAAAGGAGUCCAUUUUUUUUGUUAAUUGAUGGGUGAGGAAAUAUCUAGCACAGUGAACCUGGAUUUGAAUCUGGGUCUUGGCCCUGAGUUAUUUCUCGAGCCAGCAACGAAUUAUGCUCGGUCUGAUUGGGGUAAUGGACCUGCUAGGGAAUCCGAAUCUCUGAGAAGGUUUAGAAGUCGGCACCGAUCACGUUUCAGACGGAUUGAUAUGCUUCCUGUUCUUGCUGAGACACAUAGCCCUGCGGUGGAAUUGAGUCAGUUGUUGAUCACUUCUGCAAAUGUAGUUGCUUUGCCAGCUGGUGAGGGAAGCAUAGGUGGAGAUAGAGUCAGCGAGAACUCGAAAAAGUGCGAGAAUGGGAGCAAAGUGAUGGAAGAAGACAAUGUAACAGAGGAGAAAAGAGAUGUUGAGAAGAGCGUUGGCAGCGAUGGGAGCUUUUUCGAUUGUUAUAUAUGUUUGGAUUUGUCCAAGGAUCCAGUUGUCACUAAUUGUGGCCACCUUUACUGUUGGUCUUGCCUUUACCAUUGGCUACAGGUUUCCGAGGCAAAGGAAUGCCCGGUUUGCAAAGGGGAGAUAUCCGUGAAAACAGUGACUCCAAUCUAUGGGCGUGGGAAACAUAAAAGAGAAUCUGAAGAGGUUUCAAACACCAAGAUCCCUUCGAGACCCCAAGCACGGCGCACGGAGAGUUUGAGGACUACACUUAACAGGUCAGGUUAUAUACCAACGGAAAUGAUUAGACAUUUGCAGGAUAGGCUUGAAAGGGAAUCUAGUACAGGAGAAAGACAAGCCAGACCAUUUCUUAACCGGUUUAUGACUUCGAGGGGAGUUAGAGCAGAGCAGAACCAGUCUAGUGAAGCAUUCGUUGCACCUUCAGAUGAGAUUAACGAUAUUGAUCUGAUCUUAAACGUUUCCCCUGAACAUGAAGAGGAAAAUGAAAACCUGAGGUCGUCACGUGCUUUGUCAAUCCGGAGACAGUGGGCACAGAGACCUGGGAGGAUGUCAUCCUUUACUUUGAGCUCUGCUGAAAGAUUAGUGGAUGCUUAUUUGAUAACACAUGCAUUGGGGAGGAACCAAGAGCAAAACAACAAUCCUCCCGUUGGUGUUGAAGACAGGGAUUCGUUCUCAAGCAUAGUAGGUGUAAUAAACUCGGAGAGUCAAGUUGAUACCGCAGCUGAGAUUGAUUCAAUGUUGACAGUAUCGACAUCUUCAUCAGUGAGAAGAUAUGAGAACAGUUCAAGGGUCUCUGAUGUCGACAGUGCAGAUUCUCGUCCACUGAGAAGGAGAAGAAGAUUGGCUUAGAAGGUGCUGAAGGAGCAGAAAGAGUAAGCUAGAAUAAUCUGUAGUAGAAAGC